AUGGACAGCCAAAGGCUUUCAGAAAGAGAAAGUGAUAAGAAUGGCGAAUUUUCUGAUAGGGAAGGCCGUAGGGAUGUCGACCGAGGAAGAGACCGUGACUACGAUAGGUCUCGCGGCGAUAGGUUUGCUGACCGAGGAAGAGACCGUGACUACGAUAGGCCUCGCAGUGAUAGGUUUGCUGACCGAGGAAGAGAUCGUGAAUAUGACAGGUCUCGUGAUAGUGAUAGGUUUACUGACAGAGAAAGAAGUGGCUAUGGAAGAAACGGAGAGUUUCCUGACAGAGGAGGCCGUAGGGACUUUGGCUACCGAGGAAGAGGCAGCUACGACGCACCUCGCGACAGCGACAGGAGAGAACCGUACAAUGGCUAUAGGGAUGAUGACAGAAGAAGGCCGUACGGUGGCUACAGAGAUGGCGACAGAUUUGGAUCUUCCAAGUACAGAGACGAUUACGGUGGCUUCAGGGACGAAUAUCCUAGAAAGCGUUCUAGGCAACUUCGUGAAGAUCCGGCUGAGCCCAACGAGACUAUUGGUGUUUUCAAUCUCAGCUACAACCUUACGCCUCGAGACUUUGAUGAAUACCUCAAUGAGAAGCUUGCCGAGUUUAAGGGCAGAUUCAGUACCAAGCUAGUCUUGAGUGCCUUUACUGACAGAUGUAGGGGGUAUGGCUUUGUGCACUUUGACAGUAUUGAGGACUCUAUCAAGGCAAAGGCUAUUCUUGAAAAUGGAGAAAUUCUUGGUCAGCCAUUCCGUGUGGCUUAUUCGAUCCAAAGGAGGCGCCCAUCUGAAUCAAGGGACUCUUUUUCUAGCCAGGAUCAGCCCGCUGAAAGUGUUCAAGAAAGGAAUUAA